AUGACGCUUUCAGCAGGCCGCGUGCGCGAUAUCUUCGAAAAUUUGGCCUCCACCGAGACCUCAUCAAAAUUCUGGGCCCGUGUGGCCGAUGAUGUGCAUUGGACGAUCGUAGGCUCGACGCCAAUGUCUGGAGUUGACUUUCUGGACGCAACAAUACAGGUUCUCGGCAACUCGGUCCUAACUGAACCACUGAAGAUUGAGACCCUCCAUGUCACAGUUGGCGCAGUCGAGGACAAGCCUGGGAUGACAAGGGCUGCAGUUGAGAUGAAAUCGAUCAAUGCGAAAGCUCGCAGUGGUAAACCAUACGAUAUGACUUACUGCUGGAUAGCGACUUUCGACGACAAGACCGAGCUCAUUCGCGAGGUGAGGGCGUACAUCGACACCGAAUUGCUGAUCCGUACUAUCAAGGAGACUACUGGAUAG